AUGAUUUUUCCUCUACGAGACCUGCGAUUCUGACAUUGAUAACCGUCAAUGAAGCACCGGUAGUAUUUGUGGUAGCUCUAGAGAUCUUGAGGUAGUCUCUAGCAGCAGAAGAUGUCUCAAACAAAGGACGCAGUGGAGCUCUAUUCUCUACUUGUCGAUGAGACCUACGGCGAAUUAACCUCUCGGAUUUUUACAAUCCUUUUACGAAGAGGACGGCUCCCAAUACACAGUCUUGGCCAGCACACUCGUCUCACCAGGCGCCAGCUACGGCAUGGUCUGGUAGUUCUCAUCCAACAAAACCUCGUCUACUACUUCGAAGAAGGCGAAACCACGUAUUACGAGGCAAAUCAGGACUCUGCAUACGGACUGGUUAGGUCUGGAAAGAUCUUGGAGGUUUUGGAAAGCAGAUAUGGCGCUUUGGCACGAGACCUAGUGCUGAAUCUGUUCCUGCUAGGCCAUACCAGAGUUUGCGACCUUGCCGACGCAUAUCGGUCCAGUACGGAGUCACGUAUCAACGGUAAUAGUAACGAAGUUGUUGCGGCGAGUUCCACAGGACGGGAGGAUGAUACACAUGUUUUCUCUGCCGGGAAAGUGGAUUCCAUGUUGUAUGAUUUACUCGAGGCUGGUUUCGUUGAGCCUGUUGUCGAGGCGAUGUUUCGAAGCCCGGACGAUACAUACAACGAUGUAGAGAAGACCAUCCUCAGAGAUGAAUUCACAGGUGGCCCCAAGGGCACAAAGCAGAAAGAACAGAUGAAGAACAGGAUCCGUGAUAAACUGGAAUCCCUCAGAUCCGAAGGGCGGGAUUGGAAGCGGCAGGGCACAAAGAGAGCCUGGAAUGGUGUUACCGGCACCAAUGGGGAUGCUAAGCGGAGGAAACUCGCAAAUGGUGACCUUGCCGUCAACGGCAACCAUGACCACGAGGAUGAGGUUCUUAGACUUGAACGGGAUCUGGUUGUACGCGUCAACUACGAGAAAUGCACAGUCGCUCUUCGUAAUCUACGACUCGCUGAGUUUGCAAAUCAUAGAAUCGGCGAGACCACUUCAUACGUUUAUGCGGAACUGCUCAGACUCAUGGAGGAAAGCAUACCACGAUGCCGGCGAGAUCAUAGUGUCGACGAUGCCGAAGACCUUCCAGAUGGACCUACUGUUACCACCAUGGAGCUUGCUGCUGCAAUCAGCAAAUCUAUCAACGUCGGAACAGGUAUCGGGAAAGCACCAGGUGACAAGAUUGACACCAAGAAGCUAUUGAAAACGAAUAGGUCCGGCAAGGGAAGAUCAGAUGGCGAUACUGAAGCACAGGUUGAAGGUGAAGCUAGCACAGAUGAAGAUGAAUCCGAGGAAGAGGAUCACGAGAUGAAUGGGAAUGGAAAUAUACCAGAGGUGGACGAGGACUUUGAGAGCCGUGGCGAAGGUGGCGUUGCAACGAAGGCUCCCAAGCGCGCAAAGGUUACAUUCCAAGACAUGCCCCCUAAGCCACCGGAGCCUGAGGAUCGCGGAAAUCGGAUCACUCAGAUCAAGAACCACCUGAUGUUAUUGGCAGCAGAUGAAUGUCAUUUUUUGCGUCGUUGUGGAACCCGUGGCCAGGGGGAAUGGACGGUCGACUUUGAACGUCUGGUUUACUUUUUACAACAGUCAGAGCUCGACUCAAUUCUUUUGGAAAACUUCGGCACGGCUGGGCACCGUCUCGCUCGGAUGAUGCGCAAGAUGGGAAAGAUAGACGAAAAGCAACUUUCGCCUCUGGCUCUGAUGAAGCAGAAAGACAUUCGAACGAAGCUGGCUGAGAUGCAAAUGGCAGGCAUGGUUGACAUACAGGAAGUCCCAAAAGAUGCAACUCGCACCAAUGCCCGCACUAUCUUUCUCUGGUACUUCGACUCUGCUAGGGUUUCCGCGAUCAUCCUCCAGAACGUCUACAAAACAAUGUCGAGAUGUCUUCAACGUCUUGAGAUUGAGAGGCGCCGAGCUAGUGGCAUUCUCUCAUUGACGGAACGAUCAGAUGUGAAGGAUAAUCAGGACGAGGCGCUCACCGGAGAGCAGCUGAACAUGCUGCGUGAGAUUCGAGGGAAGGAAGAGAAGUUGUUGGGGCAAAUAGUUCGACUUGACGAGCUAGUGGGUACUUUCCACGAUUACUAGUUUGGAAAUCGUGUUCGAGGAUUGGUUACGAUAUCGUGGGUUAAAACAUUUGCAUGGAUAGGCGUUUGACUCUGCUGCAUCUUUGGGCAAGGCGUUAAUCACGCAGCGGUGGGACUUUCCAGCUGGAUUGAGGACUUGUGAUACCAUAGAUUUUGCACAGUUGCUUCUAGAGCAAUGAGAUAUGGAGACAAAACUUGGACCGUGUAUCUUGUCUUUUGUACCUCUGGCGUCUCUAUAUGGCGAAACUCAAUCUGAUGUUGGUCGGGGAAUCUGCUGUUAGACUCUGGGUAGGGCCCUCCGUCUGGUAAUGAUACAUAUCGUUCUGAGUCUAUCGAGGUAUUGGAGGC